ACAAGCUUCUCCCAAUCUGAGCCAAAGCUCUGCCUCAAUGGCUGCGGAUUCUUCGGAACAGCGGCUAGCAUGAACCUCUGCUCCAAAUGCUAUCACGACCUCAGAGUCACCCAAAAAGCCUACUUCGAACCCGAAACCUCCCUUGAAUCUGCUCUUGCGUCGUCAUCCUCAUCAAAGAGCAGUGAAACGGCUCCGCAGACUAGUGCCAAGACGAGGAGGUGCGUGAGCUGUAACAAGAAAGUGGGCUUGAUGGGGUUUAAGUACAAGUGUGGGAGUACAUUCUGCGGAGACCAUAGAUAUCCCGAGAAUCACGAAUGCGAGUUCGAUUUCAGAGGACAAAGAAAAGAUGCGAUUACCAAAGCUAAUCCCUUGGUGAAGGGUGAAAAGGUCAAGAGAUUCUAAGUAAAAGAGUAAUCUGAAUGGUUAUACGGUUUGAUUGCUCUAGGGAUAUGUUAGAUCGGUUUGUGUUGUUGCUAUUGAUUUGGUUUUGGUGGAGGUUGUUCUUUAAUAAAAGAACUGUUCAUAUAAAUGUGUGUGUGAGU